AUGGCAUUCGCCUCCUCAGAUGAAGUUCUCGCAGCGGUGCUAUCGAGAGAAUACGCUGAUUAUCGGCAUGCACCAGACAUCGAGGCUCGUGCCGCCUUCUUAUCUCCGCACUGUCGUCAAAUAUGCCGCCCUCACCCUUCGUACGGAGCUUCUGAUCGCCGGGCCAUUCUUGAAUUCUUGUAUGAAGCCUCAGGAGAGCGGCCCUAUGACAAGACACCGACACCAAUUCAACAGGUUCUCCAAUCGCAAGCUGAUGUCCCGCCCGGCGCUAAGGCAUACUAUACUAUUCGUCCUCUUAAACAAGGAGAGCUGAGCUUUGGCAAUGUUCCUGGGGAUCCGGUGCGAGGUUUUAUGGAUUCUGAAACAAUGAUGGACAUGGCUGUCGACCGAAAAUGGGUCGGAAUGAGGGUUGACAUGUGGACUGAUGGCGGGGCCGGCAAGGGGGGCGAGAAGUUGGGGCUGCUGGUGAAGGUGCAGUACUGGUGGACCAAAGAACAUGACAAAUGGGCACAAAUUGCUCACGACAUAAUGUAUUUGGGCUCGAGGGAUGGCUCAGAGGGGGUAAACGGCGAGAUCCUCCAGUGA